UUACUACUCAUGGCGCAUCCAGCCCCCCAUCCACCGAUCCUAUACUCCUUCCCAGAUGCAGGAUCGCUUGUCUCCUCCCUGGCCAGCUUUAUCCUGAAGGCGCAGAAAGAGGCGGUUGAGAAGAAAGGACGGUUCACGGUGGCGUUAUCUGGCGGGUCGCUGCCCAAGAUGCUGAGUGGCCUCAUUGGACAUCCCUCUGUCAAAUGGGACAAAUGGCAUGUCUUCUAUGCUGACGAGCGCGUUGUCCCACUCGACGACCCCGACUCGAAUCACCUGCUUUGCACCGACACCCUCUUCUCCAAGGUGGCCAUUCCGCCAGAACAGAUCCACGCUAUCGACACGAGUCUUCUCGAUGACUUGGAGGAGCUGGCAGACACAUACGAGAAGGAGCUUAUCCGCGAGUUUGCGCAAAAAGAUGCCGCGCGAUUUCCCGUGUUUGAUCUGAUCCUUCUCGGCAUGGGCCCAGACGGCCACACCGCGUCACUCUUUCCCGGUCACGCCCUCCUCGCCGAAGACGACCGCUGGAUUGCCUGGCUCGACGACUCGCCCAAGCCCCCGCCGAAGCGAAUUACGUUUACCUAUCCCGUCAUCAACCAUGCCCUCCGCGUUGCCUUUGUUGCGUCUGGCGCGGGCAAGGUCGAAAUGUUGCGCACCGUCCUUGAUGAGCCAGAGAAAGGCCUCCCCUCAUCCCGUGUCAAACCGGUUUCCCCAGGCCAGCUCUACUGGUUCGUGGACGAUGCCGCUUCUGCAGCAGUCCAAUACUCGCGCACGGCGUUCAAGUUAUAG